AUCCCACAAAAUUAGUUACCAAAAAUGUCAUUAUUUAAUUACACGCAAUGGUGGCUGACUUUAUUCUUCCCCUUUCUGUAAGGAAUAAAUGUCGGCCCUUGGGCUUUGCACACUUCUACUCACAAAAUUAUUCUCAUGUCAUUAGUCUUACGUUUCAGCCUUCCAAAGGAAAAAACAGGGUUGAAACUUAGGAAAAGUAAAGAAAAGGCUAGCUUUUUUUCUUCUGGGUUUAUUCCAUAGCCAAUCAAUUUCUUUCUUUCUGCCAAAGUUCUGGCCUUUUCUCCAAUAUCAUUAAAUUAAGGUUUUCCAAUCAAUAUUUUACAUCUGGGUAUUUUUUUUUAUUAAUCAAACAAGAAUGACCCACAGAACAAUCCAACAAUGGAUGAAGCUUCUAUUUCUCAUGGGUAUGUUUUUGAAAACACAAGGCUUAUAUGUGGGAAUCACAUAUGUCAAAAGUGCAGUGGCUAAAGGAGCUGUUUGUUUGGAUGGAAGUCCUCCUGCGUACCAUUUACAUAGAGGACAUGGAAGUGGUAUCAAUAGUUGGUUGGUUCAUGUGGAGGGUGGAGGUUGGUGCAAUAAUGUCACAAGUUGUCUAGUACGCAAGUACACACACUUAGGCUCAUCCUGGAAAAUGGACAAACAGCUUGCCUUUUCCGGAAUUCUGAGCAACAAUCCAAUCUUCAAUCCAGAUUUCUACAAUUGGAACAGAGUCAAAAUUCGAUAUUGUGAUGGCGCAUCAUUCACAGGAAAUGUCGAAUCUGUCAAUCCUGCUACCAAGCUGUACUUCCGCGGUGCCAGAAUUUGGCACGCAGUCAUUCAAGAUUUAAUGUUCAAAGGAAUGAAGAAUGCUAAAAACGCCAUCCUUUCUGGGUGUUCAGCUGGUGGUCUGACUUCCAUUUUACAUUGCGAUAACUUUCGAGCUCUUCUACCCGUUGGUACUAAAGUAAAGUGCCUCUCAGAUGCUGGCUACUUCAUCAAUGUGAAAGAUGUCUCCGGAGCAUCACAUAUUGCAUUGUAUUUCGACCAAAUUGUCAAAUUACAUGGAUCAGUCAAGAAUCUGCCAGCAUCUUGCACUUCAACUUUGAGGCCUGAUUUGUGCUUCUUCCCGCAAUACAUGGCACAAAAGAUUAGGACACCUCUCUUUAUACUAAAUGCGGCAUAUGAUUCAUGGCAGAUUAAGAACAUAUUAGCACCAGGAGUUGCUGAUCCUCAUGGCUUAUGGUCUGACUGCAAAACAAACAUUAUGAAUUGCUCAACCAACCAACUUACUGUCAUGCAAGAUUUCAGGAAAGAGUUUUUAAACGCGAUAGGAAGGCUAGGAAGAUCGCCGUCCAGAGGACUGUUCAUAAACUCGUGCUACGCCCAUUGCCAAACCGAAAUACAAGAAACAUGGUUUAGCCAUAACUCCCCUGCUUUACAAAAAACAAGAAUAGCAGAUGCAGUUGGAGACUGGUUUUAUGACAGGAGACAUUUUCAGAGGAUAGAUUGUCCAUACCCUUGUGAUACAAGUUGCCAAAAUCGAAUUUUUGAGCCUCAAGAACCACAUCAUCAUCAUAAACAUACGUGGUGAUCCAAUUGGUGCUUGUGAACCAAUAUUAGAGGCACGACACUUGACGUUUUAAUCUCAUUUGGUGAUAUUACAUACCCGGUCGUACAACGUGGAAUUCAUGCAUCAAGGGUAUGAUUCUUAUACAUACUUUAUAUAUAUUAAUAUAUGCAUGAGAUCUUGUUGUAGAUGUAAAGAAAUAUGUUUCUUGAAAUUCCGCUUAACGCAUCUAUAUUCCUACAAAAAUAACAGUCUUCCUCCCUAUUAAUAAUUAAUAAAAAUAAAAAAAACGAAAGACCAAACCGCCAUCUCAGAUGACGGUUUUAUUAUUAACAAAAAUUAAAAAAAAAAAGAAAAUAAGCCAGGAUAAAUCGACAUCUCAGAUGAUGGUUUUUGUUAAAGCUAAAAACGUUAUUUCAGAUAGCGAUUUUGUCUGGCAGAUUUUUUUUUUAAAAAAGAUUCAUCACGUGGAUAAACCGACCCGAAAUCAACCCGAUAACCCGAAUGAACACCUCUACUUUUUUUUUCAUUAGCUAGAUCUAAUUUACUAUGCACAUCUGAAUCUCGACUUCUAGUAGGUAAUUUUAAAUAUUAAAAUAUGCAUUAUAACCAUUUAAAGUAGGUAUUUUUAUGUACUAAAGUAUGUGUUAAACCAUUUAAAGUAGAUACUUUUAUUUAUGUAUUAAAGUAGGUGUUUUAACAAUUUAAAUUAGGUAAUUUUAAGUAUUAGGUGUUUUAAUUUAGAGUUAAUUACGAAUUACAGUCUUAAUGUUUAGUGGUUUCGCGAAUUACAAUCUUAAUGUUUUUUUUUUCGAAUUACAUCCUCCAUAGUUGAUUUUUGACCACUUUUCAGGCCAGGUGACCAGAUCCGUAAAAAAUGAUUGGUUGACCAGCGUUUUUACCUUUGACUUUUUCUCUUUGCAUUGAAUUAACUUUUGUGGGUUAACAUUAUAUUAUUAUUUUACUGCACCAUAUUUAAUUCCCCCUCCCCCCCAUUUACCCCUCCAUGUUCUGUCACCAUCAACAUCAAGCUUUUCGAAAAAAUUAUUGGUGUUCAUUUAUCCGCUAUUACUGAGCUUCAGGAAAGGUAACUUCUCCUUCUUUUCGUCUUGUUUUAUUAACUAAAUUUUGGUAUUUGGUGUUUAAUUAUGCUAUAAUUUCAACAUUUGGGGCUAUUUGGUUUUUAAUUUCUGAUUUUUGAAGUUCUAUUCUUCACUUAGAAUAUUUAUGGUUUCUGAAGAUUAACCAUAUAUGUUGUUGAAUUUUGCCACUACAGAUGACAAUCUCAAAUGAUUCAGUAAAAACUGAAACACUGAAAGAAAAUUAAAGAGAAAGGGAAGUAAAAAACAAAUAACUCAUCUGGUAUAAGACUGUCUCACCAUGAGACGGACUCGUAUAAUUAGUUUAUUUUUGUAAUUCAUUACUUUAAAGUUGUAAAUGAUUACUUUAACAUACUUAAUGUAUAAGAGGCAACCCAAUAGAGUUGGUCUCACACUCUUACUAUAACACUGUCUCAUUUAAGAAUUUGUGAAAACUAAAACCUAAAAAUUUCCUACUUAUACUAAUAGGUUACAUGGGAAACAAUCUUUCCAAAAAUCUUAUUUUUAACUUGAGCCAAGACGUGAGAAGACGUGUAUGGCUCUAGAAGACUGGGGACAAGUCGUCCCCUGUAAAGCGGCGGUUCGUCGCAUAAUUGUAGCUUUUAGAAUUAAUUAUUUUCAAUGAUGUGAUUUUUAGAUUUUUGAAUGUUCUUAAGAAUGUCCAAUAGCUUUUUAUCUUCUAUAAGUAAAUACUUGGAUUUUAAAUCCACGUGGAUGUGAUUUUAGAUAUACCAAUGCUUUUGCUUGUUCAAUACAGGUUGGAUUGCCACCCUUCAUAAAGGUAUGAUCAAGGUUUUGUGCUUUGAGAUAUGUCAUUGCAUCAAUUGUCCAUUUUAGGCAUCUUUGCACGUAAAUGUAAAGAAUUUUAAAGUCUCUGUUUGCGCUUCUUACCAUUAUUCCGAUUAAAUCUCAUUAGUUGUAAUAAUAUUUGAGAAACAUUUAUGCAUGAGUUAUGCUAUAAUAUUUGCAUAUCAAUUGAAUGUAAGCCACAACAAUUUGAGUGUUCCAAUCUGUAAUAAAAGGUUAGAGGUUUAAAAAAAAUAUAUUUUUAAAAGAAAUAUUAAAGAAAUAUUGUAAAUUUCUUAAAAAAAAAAAAUACUUUUAUGGUUAGUAGUAUAAGUAAUUAAUUACUUAAGAGGUGUCAUAAGUUAGGCAUCAAAUACUUAUUAUCCUCAUUAUUAUUUCAUUUUGCUCAUUAAACACACGGUGAUAAAAUUACAUUAAGAAGUAUAUAUUUUAUGAAAACGUUUUUGAAGUUUUAAAUUAUAUGCAUAGUAGCUUGAAACCCAUGCAAGCACAGAAAAUUAAAUUAUAUAAAAUAUUUUAUUAUUUUAAAAACUAUAGUUGCUUUUUUAUUAAUAAAAUAACAAU